CGCUGAGAUAAUACUUCACGUUUUCUACAUUGUUCAAAACACCAGAUAAAUUGAUAACUUCGGGACAUACCCAGAAUUGUAAAUGCCCAUAAGCCAACUAUCACAUCGAAGGACUCAUAACCUUCUGCUGAUCUCGAGGCUCUUCAGCUGCCGCGACAAUGUCUCGCCAUUCACGCUGCUGCUGGACUCGCUUGAGCAGUCGGCCGCUCCUGUCGCUGAAGAGAUGAUCGCAAGGGCAAAAAGUGGGAGGCUACGGAUUGCGUUUCUUGCGUUCGGUACCUUGCGAUGCCCGCGGAAUGUGGAUGCAUUUAUCGAUUGCGUCGGAAAGAGCAUGGAUGGGAUCAGAAAGGAGGUAUUGUCAAUUAUAUCGGCAAGUCCAUCUACGAGAACUCUGCUAGUCAUCGACUCCCUCAAUGCCCUGAGUGCCACCGUCUCAGAGCAGCUCUCUGGAUUCUUAGGCUCCUUGAUAGCGCCUCAGGUCAAUCUACUGGGCAUAUAUCACCUCGAUAUCCCUGCCCAGCGUUCCUCAAGCGGUCUCCAGUCAUCGCUCCUCCAAUCCUAUGCCCCCUCUCCAUUCAGCCUCCUAACCUACCUGGCCACCACCAUCAUCACGGUCCACUCCCCGGCCCAGCAGCUGGCCCGUCGCGCCUCAAAGAACCGAUCGCUCGCCGAGCCAUCUUUCGGGCUCUCCGAGUCCGUCGAGGGCGUCGUCGCGGGCCUGGGCAGCAAUGACCGGCGCGGCGCCGUGCUCGAGGUGGAGCAUCGGCGAAAGAGCGGCCGCGAGAUCAUCGAGUGGUAUUUCUUACCCUACGCCGUUUCUGCACGCCCGGGGUCGCAGAAGGAAACGAUCAUGCUACUGGAUGAUUGGCCUCUAUAUCACGAUUUGGUGGCCAAGCCGGAUGGGGAACCACGCGGCGAGGAAAACGUGGAGGGGCUAACGUUUGAUUUGGGGCUCACGGAAAGACAGAAGAGGGAGCGUGAAGGCGUGGUGCUCCCAUACUUUGAUGCGCAAAGGGAUGAGGGAGUGGGACAAGGUGGUCGCAUUAUCUAUGACAUGGGUGUUGAGGAUGACUUCGAUGAAGAAGAAGACGAGAUAUAA